AUGAUGCCCUUACAACCUAUUUUGAUUGUUGAAUUAUUUGAUGUAUGGGGUAUUGAUUUCAUGGGUCCAUUUCCUAACUCUGAAGAAAACAUUUUCUCUCGUUUUGGAACACCUAGAGCAAUAAUCAGUGAUGGUGGUACUCAUUUUUGCAAUAGACCCUUUGAAUCACUUAUGCGCAAGUAUGGAAUCACUCACAAGAUAGCAACACCAUACCAUCCACAAACCAGUGGCCAAGUAGAAGUUUCUAAUAGGGAAAUUAAGCAUAUUCUUGAAAAGACUUUUAAUCCUACUAGGAAAGAUUGGUCUUCACGUUUAAAUGAUGCUUUGUGGGCCUAUAGAACUGCAUACAAAACUCCUAUUGGCAUGUCCCCUUAUAGACUUGUGUAUGGUAAAGCAUGUCAUCUACCCGUAGAGCUAGAACAUCGUGCUUAUUGGGCUGUUAAGAAAUUGAACUUAGAUCUUGAUAAAGCUGUCACCCAAAGGAAACUUCAACUCAAUGAGUUAGAUGAAUUAAGAAAUGAUACAUAUGAUAGAAAAUUACGUUCUCAAUGGUCAGGUCCAUUCUUGGUACGUACUGUUUUCCCUCAUGGAACCAUUGAAAUAGAAAAUCCAACAAACAAGAACAUCUUCAAGGUCAAUGGUCUGAGAUUAAAACCAUUUAUGGAGUAUCUUCCACCAGAAGUGGAGACCAUAGACUUGGAAGACUCCGUCUAUGUGGACUAA